AUGCCCCUAGCCCACCAGGCCCAGCAGCAGGCCUCCUACCAGCAAUACGCCUCCGGGCCACUUAUCCCGCCUCGCAAUGGCCCGACCCUCCAGAGCGUGGCCGGACGGCCUGUCUCCACCGCCAUGUACAACCAUCCGAACCUGUCGUCAAGCUCCGCCGCCGCCACGCCCAGCCCCAGCACCUACCGAUAUAACGACGAUGUCACAACAGACAUAAGACGGACGAGCAGCUCGAGGGUCGCGCCGGAUAGGAUGCCCUCGCGCGAACCGAGCCGGAGCAGCAGAGGGUACCCCCCGCCAGGUCAGAUGGCAGUGGGCAACGGCCCGUUUCCUCCGCGAAGAAGCUCGCGACGCAUGCCCAUGGACGGUGCCCACAGCUCGAGCGCCCCCGUCCCCGUCGGCCAUCUGUCCAGCUCACCGUACAACAUCGAGGGUGGUCCAUUACAGAGCAGCGAGGAAUGGAAAGAGAAAGGAGCCGCGACGGGCAUGAGGCAGGAAGUCGACCAAAACGGCAGACCCGUUACACGAGUCGUGAAAAAGGGCGUCAAGGAUUUCAACUUCGGGAGAACGCUUGGUGAAGGGUCUUACAGUACCGUCCUAGCUGCUACAGACCGGCAGACAUUGCGAGAGUACGCCAUCAAAGUGCUCGAUAAGCGUCACAUCAUCAAGGAGAAGAAGGUUAAAUACGUGAACAUCGAAAAGGACACGUUGAAUCGAUUGACGGAGCAUCCGGGCAUUGUGCGACUCUACUACACCUUCCAGGACGAGCGAUCGCUUUAUUUCGUUCUGGACUUGGCCGCUGGGGGAGAGUUGCUGGGAUUCCUCAAAAAGAUGACCACAUUCGACAUCGAAUGCACAAGAUUCUACGGCGCGCAGAUACUCGACGCGAUUGACUACAUGCACUCGCGGGGCGUCAUUCAUCGCGACCUGAAACCCGAGAAUGUCCUGCUCGACGACCAAAUGCACGUUAAGAUUACCGAUUUUGGAACCGCCAAGAUACUGGAUCAGAAGAAGUCGAACGGUGUAGGCUCCACCGCUGGAGAUCCCCUGGAAGGAAUGGACUCGGACCGGGCACAGUCUUUCGUCGGAACCGCUGAAUACGUCUCGCCAGAGCUGCUCACCGAUAAGAACGCUUGCAAAGCCAGCGACUUGUGGGCGUUUGGCUGCAUCAUUUACCAGCUGCUCGCCGGCCGGCCUCCAUUCAAGGCUGCUAAUGAGUAUCAGACUUUCCAGAAAAUCGUGGGGCUGGAGUACACCUUUCCGGAUGGCUUCCCUCCCCUUGCGAAAGAUUUGGUGGAGAGGCUACUGGUACUGGAUCCCUUGACACGCCUUCCAAUCGAGCAUAUCAAGAGCCACCCAUUCUUUGAGGGUGUUACAUGGGGCAAAGGACUGUGGAAACAGAAGGCUCCGCGUCUGAAGUCCUACAUUUCACCACCCAAAGAAGCCAUAAGACUAAACGGUAAUUACGCCCCCCAUACUUCCAAAGAGGUCCUUUUCGGUAACACAGCGCCAGCCCCGACAACUCCUGCCGCUCCAACGGCAAAUCCCCCACGGCUGCCAAUGCCCCGUCUUAUUACUGAAUUGCCGCCUCCGAGUCAACUGGAUAUCGAAUGGUCUCCGGUCUUGACAAAAAGAGACGAGCGCAUACUGAAGCUCGGCAACAUGUUCGUCACACAGCAUCCUGCAGGUCAUCCUGUAGGUGGGAAAGAUGAUGGUUCUGCUGAAACCCCAAAGAAGUUCUCGCGUUUCUUCAGUAGCAGCACGGUGAAGAAGCGGCAGCGGCUCGUGAUGAUUACCUCAAACGCCCGGGUUCUCAUGUGUGCCGCUGGUACGAAUGACAAGAAAUUGAAAGAGGAGGUGUCUUUGCUGUCGCCUGGGUGCACGUGGAGAGGCUUCCAGGAUUCGAAAGGCCUGACCGCCUGGCUGGUUGAAACACGAGACAAGCAAUUCGUUUUCGAAGACCCCAAAAGCACAACAAGCGAUCCCAACGGCAGCAAAUAUUACACGCAAGAAUGGCUCGACAGCAUCGAACAAGCCAGAGACUACGCGAUAUCGCAAAACAUGACGAACUCAUAUUCCGGGGAUUCCACGCUGAACGACCUCAACUCCAGUCUCUCGAGCCCCACUAGUACGUUAGGUGGUGAUUCCGCCCUCGACGGCGUCAACAUACCUACUGCACGGCAUCUUCGCAAAGAGCACGGAGAUGCUGAUUCGCUAAAAGGCAGGAAGCGAUUCAGCAAACGCCACUCAAAGAAUGGGCUCGCAAACUUCUAA